ACAAAAAAAACCUGCAUCUUGCAUCCUAAAAUUGUGACAUUUCCUCACGAGUUCUGAUUUCUAUCAUUUUCAAACACAUUGUUCAAAGUUUUGACCCUUUACAAUUCAAAAUACUAGCAUUUCCUCAACUUUUGUUUAGUUGUUUUCUAGAAAGAAAAUUCUUUACAUUUUCUUCCUUUGAAUUCCUCAUCUGCCUCCACUAUGUACAUUUCAGCUCUCUUUUUCUCUGGGGAUAUCCAACGUUGUUCUGCUUCUAACUCUAUUUUUCCUGAGUUAAAUGAUGUUUGCAUGAAUUGGGUUGCUUAUCCUUUUGUCUAUAUCAUUCCUAGUCUUGACUUUAAUGAUGUUUGCAUGAAAUGGGUUGCUUUUCUUCUCCCUAUUGCUGUUACGAUGAUUCGUUUUUUUUUUAUUGCAACUGAAGUAAUGUUUUAAAUAUAGAUUUUGUUUUUAUUUUUUUAAAAAAAGGGGUUUAAUCUGUACUUUUCUCACUCUUUCUUUCGUCUGAUUAUCAAGUGGUAGGUUGUUAACUUGUUUUUUUUCCAAAUUUUAAACAUAUUGCUCCACCGGCUGUUCACUAGUGGAGAUUCCCUUCAGGUUCACGCACGCUAAUUGUUUUAGUUUGCUGAAGAAACAUUUCUAAUCUGUUUUUUUUCUUCUUCUUCUUCUCUAAAUACAGGUCUUAUGGUUUUCAUCAAACUUUAAGGCCUUUUAGCGGAUCAUAUCAAUUCAGAUUGAAGCGGGUGUUUCAUCCAAGUUCCAACAAUGGUUCUUGGCCUAAGAACUAAGAACAGAAAAGGCUGCUUACAUCAGCUUGUUUACACUGUAAAUGUGAAGGAGAUUAAUCCUUGGACACCAUUGCAAUCACUGCAAUCGGCUCAAUCUGUUAUGCUACAAUGGGAAACUGGUGAUAAGAGUUCUGGAUCCAUAGCUUCUACCAUUGAUAAUGGAAAGAUUGAGUUCAAUGAAUCUUUCAAACUUCCAUUAACUUUACGUCAAGAAGCAUCCCGUAAGAGCACGAAUCAUUUGAGUUUCCACAAGAACUGUUUAGAGUUUUACUUGUAUGACUCUCGGAAAGAAAAUGUGUCAAAAGCUCAACUUCUGGGAUCUGCUAUUGUAAAUCUUGCUGAUUAUGGAAUUAUCAAGGAAACUAUAUCCAUUAGUGCUCCUUUUAACUUGAAGAAGAGUUCUAGGAACAUAGAACAUCCUGUUCUUUAUCUUAAUAUCCGACCUUUUGAUAAAGAUAGCUCGAGCGCUUUGUCGAAAGAAGUGUCAUUAGACAAGGAUGGCAGUGAAUGUGUUUCUGAAUUCAUAAAUGAAGGAAAUGAUGAGGAAAUCGAGAUUGCUUCUUUUACUGAUGAUGAUGUUGAUGAUCUUUCCUCACAGUCAUCCCAUAUUACUUCUUCUUCUUCUUCUGUUUUCGACCAUUCUAGAGAGUCACAUAUUCAACAUGAUAAGAAUCAAUCAGAAUCAGCCACUGGUGGGUUUGAAAGGCUUGGGCUCACGCUUCCUUCUGCUGGAACAAAUGUAAACUCGGGGGUAAGACCAAUUGUUGAAGCAUUCAAACAAGUGAAUGGCAAUACUUCUCCUUCAUCUUCAAUGGACUUGUGCUCCAACUCUAUGAAUCCUGUAACUAAUCCUAUGGCUAAAGUUGCAUCCCCGGAGCAUGGUGCUACUACCAUUCCAGUAGAGACCAACUUAGACCAUGUAAAGGAUGAAGAUUUGUCCAACAACCCCAAGAAUCUUGUAACUUAUCCCAAGGCUGAAGUAGCAUCCUCAGAGACAAGUGUUACCAUUCCGGUAAAUACGAAUUUAGAAUAUGUAAAAGGUAAAGGUUUAUCCAAGAAUCCUGUAAGUUAUCCCAUGGCUAAAGUUGAAUCCGCAGAGACGAGUGUUACAAUUCCAGUAGAUACGAAUUUAGACCAUGUAACAGAUAACGGUUUGCCCAAUAGCCCCAAGAAUCCUGUAACUUCUCCUAUGGCUAAAGUUACAUCCUCAGAGACGAGCAUUACCAUUCCUGUAGAUAUGAACUUUGACCAUGUAAAAGAUUCCCAUGCCAAAAGAGAGGGUGAUAGGAAAGCAUUGAGGCAUGACCAAAGUCAUGUAGACAGAUCUUUAAGUAGCAUUUCACAUGUUGGUCAGCGGAAGGAAAAUGAGGAAAAGACACUGUGGGAAGUUGAGCUGGAUAGCCAGAUUUUAAAUGCCAAAGAAUACUCUCCGCAGGACAUGUUAGGUUUUAUACCGACUCAAGAUUCUACAGAAAAUAAAAUCAGUUGGAGGAGUAACACUUUUGCGUCCAGCUGUGAAACAACUGAAGUCAAAGGUGGCUUCAUUGCAAACGAUGGACAGAAGCAUGCGGCACCUGUUCAAUUGCAUUUUGACAACAAUGGCCUGUCGAAGAAGAUCCAGUUUAUGGAGAAGGCAAAGGAACAUGAUAUUUCCGAGGAGAUUUCUAAUGGUAACUCAAGUGAUAUGCUUAGUGAAAGGGAAGAAACUGUGAACAACUUUUCUAACGGUAAAUUUAACUCAGGUAACAGUUAUGGGCCACUAAAGAAUACUAAGUUCAUGGAGAAGGCAAAGGAAUCUGAUAUUCCUGAAGAGAUUCAUAAUGGUUCUACAAAGGAUACAUGUAAUGAAAGCGAAGAAGAUGCAAAUAGCUUUUCCAACAGCAAAGUUGAACUGGAGUCCAAAAUUGAAAUGCUUGAACAAGAAUUGAGAGAAGCUGCUGUUGUUGAGGCUAGUCUUUAUUCUGUUAUUGCAGAGCAUGGGGGUUCUGUAAACAAGGUUCAUGCUCCAGCUAGACGACUUUCUAGAUUCUAUAUCCAUGCUUGUAGAACAAGUAACCCAGAUAAGAGGGCAAGUGCUGCUAGGGCUGCUGUUUCAGGAUUGGUUUUGGUCUCUAAAGCCUGUGGAAAUGAUGUUCCAAGGUUAACCUUCUGGUUGUCAAAUUCAAUUGUACUGAGAGCAAUUGUGAGCAAUGCUAUUGGGGGAAUUCAGCUAUAUUCUGGACCAUGCUUAAAUAGUAGUAGCGAGGGAAUGGUGUUGGAGGACAACUCCCAUCUGCAAGAGGAAUGCAAUUCAACGGAAAGUUUUGAAGAGUGGGUGGACCCUCAGACGUUUCUACUUGCAUUGGAGAAGUUUGAAACUUGGAUCUUCUCCAGAAUAAUUGAGUCAGUCUGGUGGCAGACUUUGACUCCACAUAUGCAGUCGGCUGCUGCAAAGAGCUCAAGCUCAAGGAAAACAUCAACCAAAAGAUAUGGAUUAGGCGAUGAAGAGCAGGGGAAUUUUUCAGUCGAGCUUUGGAAGAAGGCUUUUAAAGAUGCCUGCGAGAGGCUUUGUCCCAUUCGAGCAUGUGGACAUGAGUGUGGUUGCUUAUCCAUGCUGGCUAAAUUGGUCAUGGAGCAAUUGGUGGGUAGAUUGGAUGUUGCAAUGUUCAAUGCUAUUCUUCGUGAAUCAGUGGACGAAAUGCCAACAGAUCCUGUUUCUGAUCCUAUAUGUGAUUCAAAGGUUCUUCCCAUUCCUGCAGGAAAAUCAAGCUUUGGGGCUGGUGUACAAUUAAAAAAUGCUAUUGGAAAUUGGUCAAGAUGGCUAACUGAUCUAUUCGGUAUUGACGAUAAUGACGGUCCUGAAGAUAGCAACGAAGUUGAUGAUGACAAAAAAGCAGGAUUUGAGGCUUCCUUCAAGGCCUUUGGUCUCCUCAAUGCAUUGAGUGAUCUCAUGAUGCUUCCAUCCGAUAUGCUUGUCAAUCGGUCCCUGAGGAAGGAGGUAUGCCCCAAAUUCAGCCCACGAUUGAUCAUCAAGGUUCUUAACAAUUUUGUGCCUGAUGAAUUCAAUCCGAACCUAGUUUCAGAGGCAGUUUUUGAAUCAUUGGACGAGGAUAUUUCUGAGGUUGGGGACGAGUCUAUUACAAACUUUCCAUGUAUGGCAGCUCCAACAGUGUAUUCACCACCUUCGGCAGCUUCCCUAACAGGCAUUGUCGGAGAGGUCGGAAGUCAAGCCUUGCGAAGAAGUAGAUCAGUGCUUAGAAAAUCAUACACUAGUGAUGAUGAGCUUGAGGAGUUGGAUUCACCCAUCACCUCGAUCAUUAUCGAGAACCGCAGCGAUUCAACCGAUUCAAAAUCACUGAAUUGGAUGAGAAUGGGAAAGGGAGACCGAAAAGUAAUUCGAUAUCAAUUAAUCCGAGAAAUAUGGAAAGAAGGCGAAUGGUAAAAUUUCUUAAGUUUUAACCCCCUCCCACUGUUCUUCACUGAACAUGGUUUUGUAUAUAAGCUCAUGACUUAUAGGCUGGUGUACUAAGCUGUUGGAGUUUAACAGAAAUCGGCAUUUUCCAUCAGCUAUUCAGCUCAUAUCGUCUAUGUUAUGUUUUUUUGCAUGCCAACAAAAUCAAGAUACUGCAGAGGCAUGUACGGAAAAGCUAAGCUUAGACUUAAUCUAUUUGCCCGUUUAAUUAAUA